AUGUACUCACAUAUUCCAGCUGAAGGCACUUCAGUAACAAUCGCUCAUUGCAAGGCACAGAACCUACCAGUUGUCGAUCGCAUCCUUGAGCCUCAAACCAUCGCACAUUUCCUAGAAUUUGCGUUCGGUAAGCCCCUACCAAAUGGUAGUCAACCCAACAGCGAGCGCCUGUCAGUGGAGGAAGCCUCCUUCUUCGAACAUGACCAAAACAUUCCCCCUGACACAGAUGGGGAGCCCAUAAUGGCGAGUGUCAUGGCGCGCAUCGGAUCCGACCGAGAUUCAAGCCGUCUCUGUCUGGUCGGAAAGAACAUCCAGUCCCUCAAGUCCCGCCUCGACCGGCCAGAAUAUUUCGAUUUCGCUUGUCAGCAUCUAUCGGCCGUGAUCGCCGUAUUCCAGUAUUUGAAUGUGCCAACCGUGCGAUUGUAUCUACGCGACACGUUCAAUCACAUCUACGACCAUUGGACAGCGCUCGACACUGUUCUCAACAAGCGUAGAGAAGAGCAAGGUAAAGAGCGCGUUAGUGUCGCGGGUCUCUGGACACAGUACAUGACCGCGCAUUUCGAGAUGAUGACCGAGCGCGCGCAUAGAUGGGUCACCGUGCAUGCCAAUACCCUGCGGGCCCCAUUGCUGCAGGCUCUCUUGGAAUAUCGGCCACCGGGGGUUGAUGGCGGCCCAUUACACGAGCCUGAUGCUGUGCAGUGGAAAAUUACUGAUUCGCUGCACAUGGUGACGGAAAUCAUCGGCAAUGCGGAUUUUACCAUCAUGAUCCCCAUGAACGGUUACAAAGGGUACUCGGCUCCGCCGCGAAAUGGUCCCGCGACACUUCAUGCGGCGAAUCUGCUGGCGAGAAGUAAAGCGUACCAUGAGCGUUUGAGCCUCCUUACUCGAGAAGCGAUGUCUUGUAAUGCAGCAGCGCGGACAGGUUCAUUUCUUUCGUCUGGAGAGUCGUACCACGCGACAUCCCUAAGCCAGAUCGAAGGUCUGAACAAAUUGAGAAAAGAGGUGCGUGGUGCACCUCUUGAACCUGUUUCGCGCGAGCCUUGGAUUACUGCUUGCGCUUCAGAGAUGAAAUCUGGGAAGGAGAAGGGAAAGGACGAAAAGUAUGGGUUCGCUGUGUAUCGGUUGACUUAUGGGCAGACGGAGUCUGAAUGGACCGAAUUCGUUCGCAAAGUGGAAGCGCAUGUUUCCGAUUGGGGCAAAGGUCAAACAGGAAGCAGUACUAUCAAGGAGCAUCUAAAACUCCACUGGCUGGAUGGGAAGGAAUUGGGUUUUUCAGAGAGCGACAUCGAUGCAUCUAAGCAGCACUUCAAGAACAUAAAAGAUGACGAGGACUGGUCAAACAUACAAAAUCGUGCUUUCCUCGUCGUUGACUCCGCAUCCUUUGCCUCAUAUACCACCAAUUCCUACAGUCCCGCAACAUCCCAGCUCAUCCCUGGUGACUUCUCCGGGUUCCUUCUGGCCAUUGAUCCGGAUUUUGACCCACAGGAGGGUAUUUCACGACCUGACGAGUCUCCAGGCUUCAACGGCCAGAUGCGAAUUCUCGGGAGCCUUGUAUGGAGUGAUCUCUAUUCCCUACUAGCAUCGCAGACAUCAGAACUCGAAGACUACUGGCCAUUAGCAAGCGAGCACCCGAACAUGGUAUAUGUCGGUCCAACUAUCCCAUGGCAGCGAUUCAUCUGGCAGAAACACAGUGAGAUGCGGUGGAACCUCCUUCGUGCGGUGAUAGACCAUGUAAAGCUCAACCCGGGAGUGCCAGUAACGUCUGCUAUGACAUCUUCGACUGCAGUCGAAUCAACAGCCGCACCAGCAGCCCCAUCUAUGCCCUCACCGACACCACACGCGGAACGGAGUCCCGCGGAUAACGUCCUCCGCACAUUCUUUCUCUCCGAGUUUCAGCGCGACAUGCGCCGUCAGGGUCAAUGGCAGGUAGCCGCCAUGGCUAAUGAAAUGCUCCGUCUUCAGCCAGGUGAGCAGCCGGAUGCAAGGCGGAUGCGACGGUUUGUAGAUGCUGAGGAGCAGCGGCGGGAGCAGCGGAGGCGAGAUGGUUUGCCUGAAGGUGAGAGUCCGGAGGGUGGUCUUCCGAGGAGGAUCUUCCGGACUGCCCGUUGCAGUAAUCAUGUUUAG